GUCCUUGUCAAUGAAAUCACCACCCUUCGUCGCCACGCUGAGGCCCAUUUUUCCGGCAAGUAUCGCAAAUGGGCAAACCAACAUUCAUUUGAAUCAAUGUUACCUGGCGACGUCAAGGCUCGCAAGGAGAACGCUGCGCAGCAGAGGAUCAAUGCCCAUCUCACUGAACACAAGGCCGAACGAGUCGUACCGUAUUCUGACAAGUUGUUCAGACAAGCUGCCAUUGAAUGGCUUGUGGCGACUGAUCAGCCUAUACAAGCGCUUGAGCACCCUAAAUUUCAAGAGCUGAUUCAUGUUGCUUCUCGCGCAACCAACGGAGUCAAGAUUCCGGGUAGGAAGGGCACUCGUGCCGAAAUUAUGAGAAUGUUUAAAAACCACCUUACAAGGCUAAGGACCACGCUGAAUGUGAGUGAUGUCUGUUUGAUGUCUGUUUGUUGUAUUUUGUCUCAUUGGGCUUCAUAG